AUGUCACUUCAAAUUGUCAACUUACCAGAGUUUAGUUAUAAGCCAAAUACACAUCGAUCAUUGGAUCUCGAAAACUUCUUCAAGGAGUUCGAAAUGAAGUAAUUUUUGGAAGAAUGCAAUUACUCCGAGUAAGAAUUGUACGUUGAAUGCAGAAAAAUGAAAUAAUUCCAACAGAAACGCAAAUUAAAACUCAACCAUUACAUCAAUACUUAUUUAGAGUCACCCUCAGUAAUUAGUCCAGUUUAAUUAUUGCUUUGA